AUGGCAAAAGACAAGCGUGCCAAAGCGGCGGCGGCAGCCCUGCAGAGCAACAAGCCAGCUCAGCCACUCCCAGUGCUAGUCAGGCCGUCCUGGCCGCCAUUCAAGCCAGCUCUGCCCGUCGCGGAUCUGAGCCUCGAGCCCGUUGUCCCGGACAAAGUUGUCGUUCUGAGGUCCUUCUUUCCUCGCUCCCUGUGUCGGGACUAUGUCUCUGUCCUUGGCACGCUGCCUCUCACAACCACUCCUGGGAAGCCCAAGCGCGGAGAGGCGUUGCGCGUUAAUGAUCGCUAUCAGAUCGAUGACCCAAAAUUCGCCGAUCGGUUGUGGUCUGAAACAGGACUCAAAGACGCCGUGCUGAGCGACGAUGUGGCUCACUUGUGGGGCGGAGACGUCAUUGGCCUGAAUGCAAACAUCAGAGUAUACCGGUACUCGCCAGGGCAGUUCUUUGAUGCUCACUACGACGACUCGAACAAUGUCCUUGUCACUACCGAGACGGGGGACUCACUCCCAGCCAAGACGACCUGGACCCUAUUGCUGUACUUGACUUCGUCGAGUGAUGGCUGCGUUGGUGGUGAGACUGUGUUUUACCCAUACGACAGGCAGUCCGCUAAAGAAGCAAUCAUCGUGAGCCUGGAGACGGGGAUGCUACUCCUACACAAGCACGGCCAUGACUGCAUGCUGCAUGAAGGCCGCGAAGUCACCGCCGGAGAAAAAUGGAUUCUCAGAACGGACCUUUGCGUCAAGAGGUAG